CCGCGUCAUCCACCCAGUUCUCUCAGUCAUCCCUGCCCACCGCACGCUUCAACGAGCUAUUGUUGGCAUUGACCAUCACCAGCCGCCUCAACUUGCUCUCCGGCGACCAUGGCACCCGGACCACCAACCGAGUUUCCGGCCUCGUUUGUCAGGCCGUGGAAGGAGCUACUCGUGUCCCGCCAGGCGGAACAACAGGACGACUUCCCCAACCACCACGUAAGCGACGUCGACUCUCUCAUCACCACCAGCCUUCCGCGCGCCCUCUACGUCGGCACCGGUCAUUCCAUCUUCACGCGCGCCAUCCUACCGGCCAUCCUGACGGCCAAGUACUCGGUCCACUUUGUCACUUGCUACUGGGCUCCGUCGCCUUCCCUCGACGGCCUCCGCGACACGCUCCAUAGGCUGGCGUCAUCUCGGUCCGGAGCCCAACCCUCGGCGCCUACGCUGCACAUCACCAUUGGCUUCUCAUCCAGGGGCCUCUUGCAGAAGCUAUUCCACACGUCUGCUCGUGACGGAUACACGUACCCGCCCUUGCGAUGGACUGAACUCGGCUUGCCGGACGAAGCGGCGCUGAGCAAAGGCGGCAUACAGUUGACGGUCAAGAGCAUCUUCUUCACCCCUCUGAGUGUCAUGCACCCCAAGUAUGUCAUUGUUGAUGGAAGCCGCGCCUUUGUUCCGAGCUGCAACGUCAGCUGGGAACGGUGGUUCGAGGGGUGCAUCGAGCUGGAGGGGGACGUCGUCUCGCGCCUGACAACGUUCCAUGAGCGGGUUUGGGGCGCGCCCCGUACUGCUGCCGACGAUGGCGCCCGGCAGAUCAUGCGUGGGGUCGAAGACGAUGCGGAUGACGAUGCAAGGAAUUCCAUAACCAGCAGCACGGAAAUCGUCGCACACGGCGGCUCGGCGACGCAGUCCACAAAAUUCCAACCACACUCGCCCGUCCCAACCUUGUUUCUCCCAUCUUCGCACCACCGCAACCCGCGCUUCAGCUUCUUCCCCUUUCUUUCCCACUCCAACCCUCCGAUCACACCACUCAACGCGGCGCUCCUCACCCUGUUCGCCAAUGCGCGGCGCAAAAUCACCAUCCUGACCCCAAACGUCACCUCAUGGCCGGCCCUUGAAGCGCUUCUAGCGGCUUUGGCACGCGGGGUAGACGUGCAGAUUCGCACCAGCAAGGGCAUGAUGUUGAUCGAGCAGCUCGUAACCGCCGGCACCACGACGUCGUGGUGCCUCAACAGCUUCAUCAAGAGGUACCAGCAGUUACACGUGCCAAAGGGGCCUUCUGACGUUGAGGCCCAGCCUGUGACUCCGGGAAAACUGGAGAUUCUCUACUACAAGCCGCUAGCUAGCCGGAAGGGCUGCGAUGAUGAGCCGGUCGUGAGCCAUUUCAAGAUGACCAUGGUGGACGACGAGUAUCUCGUCCUCGGUUCAGGCAACAUGGACAGAGCCAGCUGGUGGACCAGCCAAGAGAUUGGUGUCCUCUUCUACGCGCCAUCUUUUGGUUUCGACUCGUGGACCGCCGUGCUGAGCAGGCGCUCGCAAGUCCUCUUCCGGAGCGAAUAGAGCGACUCAUACCGGGCCAGGCCUGUUGGUGCCGCAAGUCUCGACCUUUUACGUUCGACGGCAUACGAGCCAUCCAAAGCCGAGCCAGCUACCGAUAUCAUCUCAGGUGGCGCGUUGAGCCACGGCUAGAGGUAAGUUCGAUCGUGAGUACUAUACAGUAUUAGAUGGAUCGGCGUCUGCCAUUCCGAGAGAGACGUAGAGAGAAACUAGAAUGAUACCCGUUCGCCAUGACAAAC